AUGGAUGAACCAAAGGUUGCCUUGCAGCAGAUUAUCAGCUCACUCCACUCAGUCCAUGGGAUCCUGGAGAAUAUCUUCGACAGGGUUUCUGAUGGCAAAGCUAACAGAAUUUGCGAGCGCUUUUAUUUGGAUCCCAAUGAUGGCCUGAAAUUUCUGGCAUUGGAGGCCAAAAACAUUCAUCAGCUAGCCACGGAGAUCGAAUCCAACCUCUCAGGGCGCCUAGAAAUGCAAAGGAAGCAUACAAGUAGGAUGGAGAGCAAAGUAUCGAGUUUAUUGAAGGAGAAUCAGGAGAUCCGCAACAUGUUGAAGGUUGCUAUAACUGAGAAAGAGGCGGUGGAGAACAGCAUCCAUACACUGAAGGGUGACAAGGAGCAGGGAAGAAGUUCCAUCUUGCAGAUUGCUGAGAAAGGAUUGCACAAGGUAGGCUUUGGCUUCAUCAUGGAGGUGAUAAGUGCUGAACCAGCAAGCCAGGAGCCGAGCACCUCAGGUUCCACUGUAGCAUCUAAUAGAACAGAAAAUGAACAUGAGCACAUCAGUCUGGCUAGUAUAGUUGAAAACACAAUGAAAACCCUGCAUUGCGAGAUCAAUGAUCUAAGGCAGGCCUUUGACGAGUCCAGGUCAGACAGUUAUCAUUUCCAACUUCUUGCUACUGAACGGGCUCAGAAGAUACAAAAAUAUGAAUCACACAUAAAAGAAUUGGAAGAAAGAGAGAGCUUCCUGGUUCACAGGGUGGAAGACCUCGCUCUAGAGACAAAAGCAGUAGGACAGGAGGCCACAAGAUGGAGGGAGGCAUGUCAACUGGAGGUAGAAGCUGGAAGAUCUGCCAUCAAAGAACUCAACCAGGAGUUUACCUUGCUCAAGGAAGAACUGGGAAGGGUAAAAACAGACUUGGAGGCUGCAAACAGCAAGGUACAGCUAAAAGAGAAAUUAGCAGCCAGUGCAAUGGCAGCACAAGCUGCUGCAGAUGCAUGCCUCAAGCUUGCUGACAGAAGAUCUGCUGGGCUGCAACAAAGGAUAGAAGAGUUGACGAGACAAAUAGAACAAGAAGAUGCACAUGGAAGACAGGAGAUAGGAACAGCGUGGGUUGCUCAUUCACCCAUAUGCUCACUGCAGCUGUGA